AAAGGAAACUUGUUAGAAGCCUACAAAAUAUUUUCUUAUUUGCGCAUUUUAUCCUCACAAAAAUCAUUGAAUAAAUUUUUAGUAACAUGUUCCCGAACUGGAUAUGUGUAUAAAGAGUUAUCUGGGCUUCUUUCCUUUCCUGAAACCCCCGAACUUGCUGUUAAUGUUGCAAUAAUAAUUAAUAAUAUAAUUGGAAUGGUUCUCAGGACUGUAUCCAGUCCGACAGUAGUGUAUAUUAAUUUUAUUAAUUUAAUGUCCGGUCGGAUAAACUGCUGCAAUUGCUGAAAAGACAGGCUUACAUCACGCAGGAGUCUGACUCCUGAGAGGACGAAGAAGUGAUGAAUCAAGCUCUUGAUAUUUUCCGGUCCUCAGGAUAUUGUUUUAGUCGCAAUCCGGUCUUCCUCAACUCCUCCAGAAACUCACCAGCGUUCCUGCUGCAUAAACAAAACUUUCCACAGGAACAUCUUGCAGCUCCUUUGUUUGAGAAAUAUCGCCGUCUUGUAUGUUCAAAGCGAGCAGUUAAUAGCAAGCCGUUCAUCCCUACUGAGUCAAAUUCUCUCUGUGUUGAGGCUGAAACUUGUGAUGGAGCAGAUUUCAGUGCGGUACCUCAUGUACAAACUCUUAGAGAAUUCCCAAAAGAAGAGCUCUCAGAAAAAGUUGUUAUGGUCAGAUUUGAUUCCAAGCUUCUAUUUCAGCAGCUUCAGGAACGGAAGAUCCAAUGUGAGAAUGCAGUUUCUACCAUCAAGUAUCUACAUGAAGCAGGUGCAAAGGUAAUUCUAAUCAGUAGCUGGGAUGCUGAUGAUGAAAAUACUAUGAAGAUUGUUAGAGCAGAAUCAAUCGCUGGAGCUCUUUCUUCAGUUCUUCAAGUCAAAGUUGUGCCAGUCAAAUUAGUUACCACGCACAUUCACUCUGCUAAACAGGAAUCUAACAUCAUUCUGCUGGAAAAUCUUUUUCAAUUUAAAGAAGAACCUGCAAAUUGUAAAGGGUUUGCCAGGCUAUUGUCAUCUGGGGUGGAUAUCUUUGUAAAUGAUGCCUUUUCUCAAUCUCAUAGAGUUCUUGCAUCAACUGUUGCUAUUUCUCGCUUCUGCUAUGCCUCUAUUGCUGGAUUUCACUUUGAAGCUGUUCUUUCUCAACUGAAGAACAUUACCAAGACCAGCCAAAAGCCCUAUGUUGCCAUUAUAGGAGGAGGGAAUCUAGUAGAAAAAGCAGCUGCUCUGCGUCUUCUGGUGUCUAUUUGUGAUGGUCUGGUGUUUGUUGGUAAUAUAGCUUUCCAGAUAAUGCACGCCCUUGGAUUACCUCUGCCAAUGAAACUGGUGGAACAUGGUGCUACUGAGGAAGCACUUACUCUAAUCAAUUCUAUGAAGUCAAGGAGCAGAGCAGUUAUUGUACCUAAAGAUUUUCUGUGCCUAAAUAAUCUUAAUCCAGAGAAGUUGGAGAUAUUUUCUGCUGAUUGUCUGGUAGAUGGUUGGCAACCUGUUGAUCUUGGGCCAGAGUCACUGGAGGAAAUUGCCUCAUUGGUUUCAAAAUGUAAGAAAAUAUUGUGGAUCGGUCCAGUGAGAUUUGGGUUGUCACAUAGCGAUGCUGGUGAAGCAUCAAGAUUGGGAGCAGUGGUUGAUAGGCUGAGGAGUCAAAACAACUUGGAAACAAUUCUUGUUGGAAAAGUGGCUUGCACAACAGUUCUGGGAUCCAAUCUGAAUUAUAGUGUUAUUGAGAAUGCUUCUGUUGUGUGGGAGUUUCUCAAGGGAAGAAGUCUUCCUGGCCUGAUGGCGUUGGACAGAUCAUAUCCAUUUGACAUAAAGUGGGAUGGAGUUUACGAUGAUCCAACUCGUCCUCUGGUUGUUGAUGUUGGAAGUGGAAAUGGGUUGUUUCUGUUUGGAAUGGCAAAGAAGACGAAGGAUCUGAAUUUCUUGGGACUGGAGAUUAAUGGAAAGCUGGUAAAUCGAUGUCUUGAACGUGUUCUCCAAACUGGCAUGAAGAAUGGAUACUUCAUUAGAACGAAUGCAACUUCAACAUUUCGCUCCAUUAUCUCAAGUUACCCAGGAGAAUUGGUUCUUGUUUCAAUACAGUGUCCAAAUCCAGACUUUAACAAACCUGAACACCGGUGGGAAAUGGUGCAGAGGUCAUUGAUUGAAGCAAUUGCUGAUUUGCUUGCUUUGGAUGGAAAGGUAUUUCUUCAGUCAGACAUAGAAGGAGUUGCAAUAAGAAUGAAAAGCGAAUUUGUUAAGUAUGGUAAAGGCAAGAUCAUGGUUAUGGAUGAGUCAGAGGAUGCUUCAUGUUACCAAAGGCAAUGGCUGAAUGAAAAUCCCUUUGGGGUUCGAUCGGAUUGGGAACAACAUGUUUUAGACCGGGGUGCCAAUAUGUAUAGAUUACUUCUUUCAAAACCAGCCAUAAUUGCUGGAAGUACUUGUAGAGGGUAAAUGCAUUUGCAACACGAUUUUUGCAAUUGGAGAAAUUAGCUCAUCAUUUUUGCAACGGCAAUGUGUCUUUUCUCU